ACUCGUACAAAUUCGUUAUCUCACCAAUCUUCUCAACUUCCACUCAUUCGUCAUGGAGUACAAAAAAGAACAAGUCCAGUUCCAGCCUAGCCAAGCGGAUUCGCCGCAAGUCGGAGACAAGUUGCAUCAAAGAAGAUCGGCCAAUUAUAGGCCUAACCUUUGGAAAUACGAUUUCCUCCAGUCGCUUAACAACAACAACGACCUCAAAGAAGGAACUAAAGAACGGGUAGAACGGCUCGUGGAGGAAGUAAAGCCAAUGUUAUCAGAAGCAGUCGAUUCACUCCUCAAGUUAGAGUUGAUUGACAGCAUGAGAAAAUUGGGGCUGUCCAACCUUUUUGUCACUGAAAUAAAAGAAGCUCUUGAAACCGUUGCAUCCACCAACGGUGGCGUUUUCAACGUGGAAGAUCAGCUCUAUGCCAGUGCACUUCGGUUUAGACUCCUCAGACAGCAUGGCCAUGUCGUUUCACAAAAUGAAUUAAGGAUGUUCAAGGAAGGAAGGAACACAUUGAACGGAAGCAACUGCGAAGAAGUUGAAGAUAUGAUAGAGCUUCUUGAGGCUUCACAUCUGGCUUUGGAAGGCGAAAACAUUUUGGAUGAAGCGAAAGCCUUCUCAACUGGGAUUGUCCGAGAGAGAGUCUCCGGUUUGGAUGGUCAGCUCUUGAAACGUGCCGUCCAUGCUUUGGAGCUUCCGAUGCACUGGAGGGUCCAGUGGUUCGACAUCAAAUGGCAAAUUGGCUUGUAUGAGCAACAGGAGGACAAGCAAAGUAAUCUGCUUGAGCUUGCAAAACUCAAUUUCAACAUGGUCCAAGCCACACACCAAAGAGACCUUAGAGAUAUAUCCAGGUGGUGGAGGGAUCUGGGACUUAUCGAACAUGUUAACUUCGCGAGGGAUCGGCUGGUCGAAAGUUUCUUGUGCGCCCUUGGACUCUCUCAGGGAUCACGGUUCAGCUCUCUCCGAAAAUCUCUUACCAAGGUCAUCAUCUUGAUACUGGUGAUCGACGAUAUCUACGACCUAUAUGGUUCGUUGGAGGAGCUAGAAUGCUUCACCGGUGCCAUUACGAGAUGGGAUUCAGAGCAGAUUCAACAGCUUCCCGAUUGCAUGAAGGUCUGUUUCCGAGCGCUUCGCGAUGUUACAUACGACAUCGCUUAUGAUAUUGGCAAGGAUGAAGAUUGGCAUCGAGUGCUACCACAUCUCACGAAAGCUUGGGAAGAUUUUUGCAAAGCGUUACUUAAUGAAGCAAAGUGGGACAAUAUGGGCUACACUCCAUCUUUGGAAGAGUACUUAAACAAUGCAUGGACAUCAUCUUCUGGACCACUGAUCUUGUCUCAUGCUUGUUACUUCACGGGACAUAUGAAAUUGGACGAUGCAGCAGAUUUGCUACAGAGAAACAAGGAUCUGAUUUACAAUGUGUCCAUGAUAAUUCGACUUUGCAACGACCUAGGAACAUCAACGGCUGAAAGAGAUAGAGGAGAUGCUCCAUCCUCAGUGGUGUGUUACAUGCGAGAAGCAAAUGUAUCAGAGGACGUUGCUCGUAAGCACAUCAAGGUAUUGAUAAACCAAGCAUGGAAAAGAAUUAAUGCUCGUUGCUUCGGCAAUGCCGAGACGCCAUUUCUCCGACCCUUCAUCAUUGUCACCGUGAACGCUGCUCGUGUUGCGCAUAUGCUUUACCAGUUUGGAGAUGGGUUCGGCGUCCAGGACGGCGACAUUCGGCAGCAAAUUCUAUCUAUUGUGAUCAAGCCUCUCGCUCACGACUGAGAUAUUAGCGCAAGUCUAAUCACAUAGCGGCUGUGUAAGCUAGACUAGCUGCUGCAGGUCCAAAGAUUGAGGGCUAUAGGCAAAUUGUAUCCUAGGCAAAGCAAUAAUUACGUUUGUGUUUCACCCGGAA